AAGCCUGAGACACAGAUGCUGUCCGGGGAACAGGGUGGUAUUUUGAAGUAUCGGAAAGAUGGGCAGAAAUCUGCUCGGCAGCAACUGAGAGAGGCACUGAAGUCUGCGUUCACACCGACAGCUUCACAGAGCAAGCUAACGGCCUCCAUCUUGGAAAGCCAUUGUGAGAAGAACCUGAGGGAGGACAGGGACUAUGGCGAGGAGGCGAGUGAUUGUGACACUUCAGUGGACAGCACCUUUUAUGAUGAAAGGAAGUCAAAGCGAAGAGUACGGACAACCUUCAGCACAGAGCAACUCCAUGAGUUGGAGAAGAUCUUCCAGAUCACGCACUACCCAGAUGUUUGCACACGGGAUAAACUUGCAGCUAAGAUUGACCUGCCUGAAGCCAGGGUUCAGAUUUGGUUCCAAAAUCGCCGAGCAAAAUGGAGGAAGUAUGAGAAGCUGGGGAAUUUUGGUGGAUUGCAACACCUCACUGAGGUAGAUGUGGUUCCUGCUCCCAAGUCUCAAACCGAGAUUUCAAAUGCAAUAGUAAAUAAAGCGUCGAUGGCCCCAUUGUUAUUGAACUAUUACCCCCACAUUCCAGAGUCUUGGACAUCGAUGUUGGCUCCAUACUCCUCAGCACUGGCACCACUGUCUGCAGUAGAUCCCAUCACCAUGUCAAAGCUCCAGCCUCAUUUCUUAUGGGUUCCGCCAUACCAUGUGCCCAACUCUACUGGGCUACAGUGGGACGUGAUGUGUAAGGGCCUCAGAAGAAACUAUUCGAAAUAAAGUUGGCCACCAAAGGCUAGAACAUGCCCCCAGCAAAUCCAGGAGGCCAGACAAGAUGCAGAAAGGCUUUUGGAGACUCACCUUGAAGUAACUUGGUCUUUUGCAUUGUAAAUAUGUUUGUCCAGAGGCUAUUAUUGAAUAAUAGUCAAAAGGUGAGGUUACGGGGAGUCCCCAGUCAUCACCCUGAGAACUGUGAUGAAACUAUCCUCACUAGACUAGUGGCGUGGAGGCUCUCAGAAUCCAUGGUUGGCUCAGGAUGAGACCUGUGGAGGUCUUGAUGUGAAUUAGUUGGAAGGUCCUGGUCAAGUCCUUUCAUAACUCUUUCUUUAACUCCUGCUGUUCUCACAUAUUGAGCCCUCCCAUUCCCCAUCAGACUGUGUAGAUACUCUUCUCUCUCUCUCUAACUACCUUAACAGGCAUAGCUUUCAAACAACAGGAUUUAUUUCCCAAAUGUGCAAACCUUUCGCCAUGGAAGAAGAACGUUAUUGUGAAUGCUCAUGUCUGUCCGAGCUGGAUUCUGACCUGGGUGCCAAAGAAGAGAGUCAUAUUGGAAUAAAACACAAUCCUAUUCACGUUCCUGUCCUGCAGAAUUCUUUAUAGUCAUAAAUGAGUGUGGGAAAUGGGCAGAAAGCUGAGAAUAGACAAUUUCUCUAUGAUUGGGAUAUUGUUUGGUAUAGCACUGGUUAUGAGAGGGUAAUGAAGGAGCAUUUGACUGGAGGCAACAAUGAGGAUAAACAGCUUAUGGAUUGCGGAAAAAGGAGGGCUAAGAGGCUGAAUAGGUCUGACCUUUAUCUAUGAGUAUGCAUGGAAAGUUACCACAGGGUAGGUACAUUGCAAUGAACUCGCUGCUUAGCCCCGCUGUUGUUAAUGCCAUCUGUGUUGAUAAUGCUAAU